AUGUAUCUCUAAGCUCCUUAAUAUCUUGUUCUUGAAAAUUUGAGAUGUAGCUCUGAACAUCUAAUCUAUAAAGCUGAAAACAUUUUAGACUCAGAUAAAUGUGCAAUAAAAAUAGAAAAAACUGCAGGAUUAGGUUAAAUCAGAAAUGAAAUAGAAAUGCUGAGAAAAUUAAAGGGUAUUAUAGGUAUUCCAGCUCUAAAAUAGUUUGGAGUUACCUCAGAUAACAAGUAAAUAUUAAAUUUAAUAAUUUAGGUCCUUUCUUAUUAUCCCUCUAUAUCAUAGUAGUUUAAGAGAUCUAAUCGCUUAGUAAUAGCCAUAAUUAUCUUUAUCAUAAAUAUUAAGAAUCGGAUUGAGGAUCACCGAAAUUUUAGAAAAAGUUCAUUUAAGAAAUAUUUUACACCUUGAUAUUAAACCAGAAAAUAUUAUGAUAUCUAAACCAUUAGAUGGUUAGAAAAUUUUGUAAGAUGAUAUUAUUCAAAUUAUUGAUUUUGGUUUAUCUCAAGAAUAUAGUGUGAAUUCAAAUUCCUUAAAAAAUAUGUUUAUAGGAUCAUUAAAUUUUGCAAGUAGACAAUCACAUAAAGGAGAAUAGCUUGGAUAUAAAGAUGAUUUAGAAAGUUUAAUCUACGUUUUGAUAUAUUUAAGAACUCGUAUGUAUAUAUUUUUAACUCUUAGUUAAAUUACCAUGGUCUUUCAAACCAUCUUGGGGAUGUAAAAAAAUAGAUAUUAAAGUAAUAGGCAAAAUUAAAUCAUCUCGCUUCAAUAAUCUAGCAUAAACCUCAAAUUUUCCUCCAUAAUUUUAGGAAAUUAUGUCUUCAAUAAAUUCAUUAAAGCAUAACAUUAUGCCAGAUUAUUAAUAUAUCAAAAAUUUAUUCAUAAUAUUGAUAAAACAAUCAGAAAUAUCAGUUUAUUAAAUGACCUUGCGAUUUAAGUCAUUAAAUUAUUUUGAUACAUCUAUCUAGGUAAAUAAUUCUAAAGAAAACUUUUAAGAAGAAUCAGAGGAAAACUCAGAUGAAAUGGUUAACUUUGAAACUAAUCAUUGUCUAAUCUCUAAAGAAAUUGCAAAAUAUAAGACAAAUUAAAUUAAAUCAAUAAGUGAUUUAUAAUUUUGA